UAGUACUAAAAACUUUUUCUUUUAGGGGAAUGAAACCAGACGACAGAAGGGGUGGAAGUGGAUCACGAAACUGGGGCUCUGUCAGAGAUGACCUGAGAGAAGCUGAACCUAACUCGACUGAAGAGGCCACCGAAAUGGAUGAGAGCCAGGAAGUGGCUGAAGGAGAUCCUGAGAAUAAAGGGAACGAAGGAGAACCUGAAACGGCUGUAGAUGGCCCCUAUGAAAUGUCUUUGGAUGAAUGGAAAGCACUUCAAGAACAGACUCGCCCCAAGAAGGAAUUUAACAUCCGUAAACCAGAUUCCAGUAUUUUGUCCAAGGCUGUUGUCAUCCACAAAUCGAAAUAUGAAGGGGAUGAAGUGAAGGAAGAAUCUGAUGAUGACGACCACCACUACUUCAGAAGAUCUGCAAAUGAUAUCACCUCUAAACUGGACAUUAACUUUGGAAGUCUUACACGCCCUGGCCGAGGAAGGGGUGGUUCUAGAGGUCGUGGAAGAGCCAAAAGAAUUAGUGAAACCAGACCAGAGGCCCCACCGCCAGAGAUGCCGCAGAUUAGCGCUCCAAACCCUGAUGAUCCUGAGGACUUCCCUGCUCUUGCUUGAAGCAUUAACGGACUGGAACUGACUUGGUGACAGCCAUCAUGGAGAUUUGUUUUGGGCACAUUGAGACGUAGAAGAUUUUUGCUUCAGUCAUAACACUGACUGAUUGUGUGAGGAGUGAUGUUUUUCUGACUACUGAAAUUGGACUUUUCUGUUCACCACCUGUGUGAAUGGAUCUCACCCCAUAACUUAAAAGCGUUCGAGUGUGGGUGAAAGAUGGAUGGAAUCUGACCUUACUACUGAGUGUUCAGCACCUCCCUUUGUGCUUAAUUGUGUAAUAUUGGCAAACAUGUCUAACUGCUCAAGAGAGGUAUAUUUGAUGUUUAGCAAAACAAUAUAUAUAUAUAUUAUAUAUAUGUAAUGUAUAUUAUAUAUAUGUAUAAAAAGUAUUGAAUGUUUCCUGAAAAAAGCACAUUGAUGAGAAGACAGAUUAUAUUGUGGUUAUUUAACAAGAUGGUUCUACUAUUGGUUUAACGGUGUAAAUUUGAAAUAUUGCAGGUGUAUUACAAGUGUGCCUAAGUUGGUGCCUGACCAGUGGAAACAACUGCAAGUUCACUGUAGACCAUUUUGAACAUAAUAUGCACAUGUCCUUCAAUUUGUUGAGGAGUUAGUUAUGCUGAGCCACAAAUAAAAAAAACACAAAAAAAAACUUUCUUUGUGACUACUUUUCAGAGUGUGUGUUUGGAAAGUUUGGACUAACUUGUGUAAAGGGGGGGAAAAAAAACUAGAUAAUUUGCCCUUUUGGUAAUUGUUUGUUUUGAAAAACUUGAUGGAAUAAAUGCAGAUUUGUUGAAGCA